UCUUGCCUUUCUCUGCACUCUCUCUCUCUCUCUCACCCUUUUCAAAGCGUUUGCUUUUUCUCUCUCUCUCUCUAUCUUUCUUUGGUGGGUUUAUCAGAAGUUUUUAGCUGAUAAACCAUACCCACAUUGUCAAUCCUCCAAUACUAUAAUAUACAGUUAAAAAGAAAUUCUCUUGUUGAACCGAUCUGUAAACAGAUCAGAGUGUUUUCUUUCAGCAUUUUCAGUUUCCAUAAUGGAGAAGAAGUUUGUGAAACUUGUUUCUCUGCUUUUAGUCCUCUGUUUUUCUCCCUUUGCUUUGGCUGGCCAUGACUAUGGCCAAGCUCUCAGCAAGAGUCUUCUCUUCUUUGAAGCUCAAAGAUCCGGCUAUCUCCCCCACAACCAGAGAGUCACUUGGAGAGCCAAUUCUGGCCUCAACGACGGAAAAGCCAGUGGGGUGGAUCUGGUUGGAGGGUACUAUGAUGCGGGAGACAAUGUGAAGUUUGGUUUACCAAUGGCGUUCACAGUGACAAUGGUGUCGUGGAGCAUUAUUGAGUAUGGGAAGCAAAUGGCUGCGAAUGGUGAGCUUAGUCAUGCCAUGGACGCUGUUAAGUGGGGCACUGACUACUUCAUCAAAGCUCACCCUCAACCUUAUGUUCUCUAUGGAGAGGUGGGAGACGGGAACAGUGACCAUUACUGCUGGCAAAGACCUGAGGACAUGACCACCGACCGCCGUGCUUACAGGAUCGACCCGAGCAACCCCGGGUCGGAUCUCGCCGGAGAAACCGCUGCCGCCAUGGCCGCCGCUUCCAUCGUCUUCCGUCGCACCAACCCUGGCUACUCCUCUGUUCUCCUCCGUCACGCCCAUCAGCUGUUCGAUUUCGCCGAUAAGUACAGGGGCAAAUACGACGGCAGCAUCACUGUGGCCCAAAAAUACUACCGGUCCAUUAGCGGUUACAAUGACGAGUUACUAUGGGCCGCGGCGUGGUUGUACCAGGCCACUAACAACCAGUACUACUUGAACUACCUUGCGAAGAAUGGGGAUUCCAUGGGUGGAACUGGAUGGGGCAUGACUGAGUUUGGUUGGGAUGUUAAAUAUGCUGGUGUUCAGACUCUUGUUGCCAAGUUCCUAAUGCAAGGAAAGGCUGGUCGCUACGCAUCAGUGUUUGAGAGUUACCAGCAGAAGGCAGAGUACUUUAUGUGUUCUUGCAUCGGCAAGGGCGCUCGUAACGUGCAAAAGACUCCUGGUGGCCUCAUUUUCAGGCAGAGAUGGAACAACAUGCAGUUCGUCACGAGUGCUUCUUUCUUGGCCACUGUCUACUCUGACUACCUCGCCUCCUCCGGAAAACCCCUCAAGUGUGCCUCCGGCAGCGUCCCAUCAUCCCAGCUUCUCUCCUUCGCGAAAUCUCAGGUGGACUACAUUCUUGGGGACAACCCAAGAGCCACUAGCUACAUGGUUGGGUAUGGAAACAACUACCCUCGCCAAGUUCACCACAGGGCUUCUUCCAUUGUUUCCUACAAGGUUAGCCCUAAGUUUAUUGGCUGCCGAGAAGGCUACGCGACUUGGUUCGGCAGGAAAGCCAGCGACCCGAAUCUCCUCACCGGCGCCCUUGUCGGUGGCCCUGAUGCUUAUGACAACUUUGCCGAUGAAAGAGAUAACUAUGAGCAGACAGAGCCUGCCACUCAAUUUGAGUUGUUGAUCAAUGGAUUUCAUUUUUCAGAGGUGGUUCCAGCACCUAAACAUGUCACCCCUCAAAAACCAGCUCCAACGCCAGAAACAAGUCCAGCAACUCCAGCUUCAUCUUCUGGCCCAAUUUCCAUAGCACAGAAACUGACAACUUCAUGGAGUGCCAAUGGAAAGACUUACUACAGAUACUCCACAGUGGUGACCAACAAGUCCGCUAAGACACUCAAAAACAUGAAGCUUUCAAUUAACAAGCUCUAUGGUCCACUUUGGGGUCUCUCUAAGUUUGGCGAUUCCUAUACUUUUCCGUCAUGGCUCAACUCUUUGCCGUCCGGAAAGAGCCUUGAGUUUGUCUACAUUCAUUCUACUUCUCCAGCAGACGUCUCAGUCUCAAGCUACACAUUAGCCUAAGAAGGAGAAAAACUGAGUCACAAAGGAAAGAAGUUCUCAGUCAGUUUCUGGGGUUGUAAUGUAAGAUUUGUGCAGCUAUACAAAUGCAGUCCAGAAAGGUCUUUUAUCUUUCUUUUUUUUUUUAUUUUUUUUUUAUUUUUAUUUUUAAAAACUUUCCUUUUUCGACGUUUUUAUCUUUACUUGUGAUUUGGGAUCGGAGUAGGCUUUAGGAUGAGAUCAGGUUAAAUAAGCUUCAAGGCUGGGGAAGAAAGGAGUGAAGAGACGGUUUAAGAAAAGUGCUCAUCCUCCUUCUGCUCCAGUACACUAUUUAUAUAGACAGAUAUGAGAGAGAGUGAAAGUGAAAAGAGUGGGAAUUGAGCAGUGAAAAAUGACUUCUAAACUGGGAAGUCUUUCAUUUCAUUGUGUACUUCAGACUUCAGAGCAGUUUCGGACGUCCUUUUUUUUCUUUUUCUUUUUUGUUUUUUAUUCUGGUGUCGUGACGUUGUAAUCUUUGCAAAAGUUUUACUUAAAUUUCAAUAUGAAUAUAAUAGUUUGUGCAACUUCAAUUC